AUGCCAACUCGUCAAAUGUCGGUCGAUCAGGCUGUAAGGCAGGAGGCCCCCAUGACCCGAGGGACGGACAAUGCCGACGGUCGUCUUGACCGCCACCACCCUGGGGGUUUUCAGUUCCACCGCAAACUCGACUUGUCGUUAGGGAAGGUGAAGAGGUACGAGGACGAGGGGUCGACCUCGUGUCGGGACCGAUUUGUCAGGUCCUCAAGACAAAAGUUGGUGUCGUACACAGUAAAUGUAUACUGUAGCAAGUACGGCAUCAACACUGUACCUAGUGAGCAGGAAAAACGGCUCGCACUGUGGGAGCAGGCAUCACGUCAUGACAGCGAAUCAGAUUCCAGGCGCGCGAAACACAGGACCCAUACCCGUCGAUUCAUCAAUCAGCAAUCAGAUUCGACUCUUGUCCAAGCCAGGGCAAAGUUUCUGAAAACGACACACGCCAAUUCGACCAACGAGAAACCACCGGGGGACUCGAAAGCCAACCAAAAUCGACAGGCAAAGGCGAAUCGAUUCAAGCUUACCUGUAAGCCUUUCGUCGCGUUCGCCAACGGGAGCCCAUCCAGCAACCGUAGCGCAUCGCGCCGCUCCGCUCCGACAGCGUCCGUCCUUCAAGACACGGCCAGGCACAAACCACGUUCUCCAAAACAAGGCACGUCCACGACGUCUUCGAGUACGAGCGUUCUUAGCCGAGUUGCAGAACGCGAGCACAGCAUUGCUACACCGUACUUGCAGGACGGACGUUAUGACCUGCCUCCCGACUAUUGCACCCCCAUCAUGCCGUCUUCUCCUCCUCACAACCCCCCCACACGUUGCUUCCCCGUUCCAACUAGUACUAAGCACGAUCGCAUUCUAGAGACUGCCUUGGCCUUUCAAACAUCUACGACUAUCAUCCCAACGAGAGAGCCUAUCAUCAUCGUCAACUUCAUCCUCAUAGCCUUCAUUGGCCCCUGCUGUCAUUCCCAUCUGCUCUCCGUCUCUGUUGCUUUACCGGGACGCGAUCACUCUGUUCUCACUCUCAAUCUCUUAUACUUUGGAGACGCCGCUGUCGUCCCCUUGCCAAUCUUCUUUGCGCUGGCCUGGUAUGUUACAAGGACACUUUCUCUGAUGCCUUGUCAACGGCUCGUCAAGUCCUUACCCUCGUAUUCUCUGCCUCCCGUCCAAGGCUUCUUCGGUCACGCUAACCAUGGCCUUUCAGUGCGACAACCUACAGCGAAUUUGAUUUACCUCUCACAACCAACCUCUUUUGAAGUUGCAACGCCCCUCCAUCUCUUUCUUGCCUCGCGCCCACAUUUUCGAUACCCAACGCUCUCCAUCUUCCAAUCUCCCCUCCUUUACCUAGCCUUCCCAUCUCCCUAG